AUGUCAUUGAAAAGUGAAAGUAAUAUAAAUUAUAGAAAUGAAUAUGUUUACAAAUAUAACAAUCCUCCUAAUCAAUCAAAUUUUAGUUCACAUAUGGAUAAUAAAGGAAGUAAGCUUCCAUUAAGCUCAUCAUAUAAAACUUAUUCAAAAGAAAACUUAUAUAAAAUACAUUUAAAUUCAAAAGAAUUUCAAAAUGAUAUAGAUAAUAAACAAGAAGGAAAUGAAAAUAAAGGAUAUGAAAAACGAAAUAAUGAAGAAUAUAUAUUGGGUAGAUAUGUUGAAGGUGGAGAAUAUUAUAGUAAUGAAAAACAAAACUAUUAUGAUGAAACUGCAAAUGAUAUAAUAAGAGAAGAUGUGGAAUAUUAUAAUGAUGAAACAGAUAAAUAUUUAAAUAACCAAACGAACGAAUAUUAUCAUGAUAAUGAAAAAUACAGUAAUGAGAAUAGUAAUCAGAUGACAAAUGAAACAAACAAUAUUUUUUAUGAACAAAAUAUAGAAAAUGAUAAUAAUAGAGAAAAUAAAGAAAGUGAAUAUAAUUCGAAAAACGAAGAAUUUCCAAAUAGUAUAAAAGAUUCUAAAAAUAAAAAAAAUAAGCAAUUUUCUAAGAAUCAUAUUUUGAAUAACUUAACCUCAUCUAUGUUCAAUACACAUAAUACAAAAGAAGUAAAAAGGAACAAAUUAAAUAAUAAAAGAGAAAAAAGAAAUUCAAAAAAUCUUAAAAAUUCAGUGUAUUCAAAAACACCAAGAGAAAAAGAAAAUAGCAUACAUGAAAAAUUAACUGAUGAAAAAAAUGGUAAAAAUCAAAAAAUGUUUUCUAACACACAUAAUAGUUCAUCUGUUUGUGAAAACAAAAAGAAAAAAAGAGAUAAUAGUGAAAAAAAAUUAAAAAAUUUAUUUUACAAAAAUUCUAGGAAAGGUAAAAAAAAUCAUGGAAAAACAAAAGAAUUGAGUGUUUAUGAAAUGAAAGGAUAUAUUCCAACUUCAUUUGAAAAUAAUGAAGAAAAAAAAACAGAAAAUAAUAAUAAAGAUAAUAAAACUAAGAAUAAAAAUAAAAACGUAUACUUCGUUGAUAACAAUGCAAAUCAUCAUGCAAUGUAUGAUGGUGAUCAAUAUAAGCAAUUUAAUUAUGGUAAUAAUUUAUAUAAUGAUCAAAUGUUAAAUAUACAAGAGCAAAUUCAAGAACCUUAUAACAAUACGAUAAAUGGGAUAAGAACAACAAAUGAUAUUCAUAUUUAUCCUAAUAACAAUGGAAUUUUUAUUAAUAAUGAUAUAAGUCCCACUAGUGUAAGUUAUGAUCCUUCUAUAAGUUGUAAUAAUGUAAAUAGAGAUGCAUUUUUCGUUCCUCAAGAGAAUGUUUAUAUGAAUGAAUCUCAUAAUGUUACUGGUAUAAAAAAUGUUAUUCAUAAAUUACCAUAUAGUUCACCUUAUGGAAUAAUGAAAACAAAAAAUGAGUUUUUUAAAUUAUCAGUACCAUCAUCACCAAAAAAAAGCUUUUUCUGCAAUAGCAGUCAAAAAAAUACAUUAAAAAAAAAAGAAACAAAUGAUUUUAAAACUGAAAUAUUAAUUUAUAAAAAUAACGAAUUAAAUAAUUACAAUAAAAAUUUGAUGAAUUCUACUAUAUAUAAUAAUGAUAUUAAUAAGCAUAAUUAUUUCAUGCCAACCUCUAAUAAUGUUUUUGUUAGAACUAGAUCAUUAACUCCCUAUUCAUGCAUAAAUAAAAGAAACAAUAAAGUAUCACCUUUAAAAAGUAUAUGCAUAAAUAGACAAAAAUCAUUACCAAUUGUUAAAACAAAAACAGAAAAACCAAUUUGCACACAUGAGGUUUCGUAUAUUUACUCUAAUCCCAAAAAUGUACAAAAUAUAAAUGAUGGUAUAAAUAAGUAUGGUGCUUCAUUACCACAAAUUUAUCCAAACAGCACCAAUUUAUACCCAUAUUAUUAUAAAAAUGAAGAAAACAAAAAAAAAUGUAAAUAUUAUGAUUCAAAAGGUUAUGUUAAAAAAUCUUCAAAUAAAUCCUCUACCAAAUGUUCCACUGGAUCUUCAAGCCAAAAUUCUUAUCGUUGUUCAACUUUAAAUUCAGAUGUUCAUUUUUUAAAUGAAAAAAUUAAAAAACUUCAUAAUAAAAUUAACAAUAUGAAUAAAGAAAAUAGUAACCAAAAUGAUUUAUUAAAAAUGUACAAGAACGAAUGCAAUCGUCUUAGAGAAUUAUUUGUAAAAAACAAUUUUGCAAAAAUUAACUCAACAAACAUUGGUAAUGUGGAUUAUGAAAAGGUAAACUUAAAAUUAGAAGAAGAAAAUGAAAAGUUAAGAAAUCAAAUGAAAACAUUAGGUAAAACUAUUUUAUCUAGUGAUGAUACUAAUGGAAUUAAAAAAGUUUUAGCUAAACAAAUAGUUGAUCUACAAGAAGAAAAUGAAAAAUAUAGAAACAAAAUUAAAUUAUUAAAAAAAAACAAUGAUAUUAAUAAUGAAGUAUUAUUUAAUUUAAAUAAAACAGACAUUUCAGCUGAUGCUAUUGAUAGCAUUUUUAUGCAAACCAAAAAUGUUAUUAUACAAGGGCAUGAAUCAAUAAAUAUUUUUUACUUAAAUUUAAGAAAUUUGGUUGAUAAAUUUUUUGAAAAAAUCAAAUGUAUCAUAAUGGAAAAUGAUUAUACAAAAAAAGAAAAAAUUUCGUAUAUAAACAAUUUAGAAGAAAUAAUUAAGUCAAAUUUUGAGGAGAUAAAUGAAAUAGUUCUGAAAAUAAACGAACUGAGAAAAAAUAUGAAAAAUGUGAAAGCUCAUAUUUUUGAUAUAAAUAGAGGAAACCCGUAUUGUUCAUGUAAGCCAUCAAGGAUUAUUUUAGAAGAGGAUAUUAAACAUCUAGAAAAAGAAUUACACAAACACUCAAUUUUAAUAAAAAAUUUAAGAAAAAAAAAUUUGUUUUUAAGUUUAAAUAACUUGUAUUUUCAUUAUAAUAAAGGGAAUGAAACUUAUGAUAAUUCAAAGGGAAUUUAUAGUGACAUUUAUGAAAAAAAAAAUAAAGAUAUAAUUUAUGAAAAAUAUGGUACAAUAAUGAAUUCUAAUUCAAAAGUAGAUAUUUCUCAUUUGGGUUCAUCAGAAAGUGAAAACAAACAUAAAAAUAACAAAAAGGAAGACAAUUUUCAAAAAAAAGAAGAUAAUAUACUUCAUUCGUUAGAUAAAAAUAGUAUUUUAAAAUUAGAUGAAAACUAUUCAACAAUGGACGACAAAAAUAUUAAUGAAGAAUAUCAUAGCAAAUUACAUGAAAAGAUAAAAAUUAUUGAAGAACAACUGAAUUCUUUAAACAACCAUAUAAAUUAUAAUUACGGUGGUGAUGAUUACGAAGAUAAUAAAAAAACAAUGAAAACUAAAAAAAAGGACGUAUUUUUAGUAGACAAAUUAAUAAAAAAUAUAAAAAAUGAUAAUAAUUAUUUUAAUGAUAUAGACAAAACAAGUAACUACAUGAAAAAGGAAAAUUUAAAGAUUGACAAUCAUAUGGAAAUAGAAAGUUCAUAUUCUGAAAAUGAAUCAUCACAUUCCUCAUCAUCCUACUCAUCAUCAUCUGAUGAAAAUGAAAAUUUAUCAUUAAAAAAAAAAAAAUGGAUUAGUGAUGAUGAAGUAGAAAGAAGCAAAAAUAAAAUGAUUGAAUUGCUAGCAUUGUUAAAAGGAAAAGAUAAUGAUGACUUAGUAGAAAAUACAAAGCUCUAUAUAAAUGCAUUUGGGAAACAUAAAUCACAAAACAAAUAUAAUUUAAGGAAAAUUUACGACAACCUAAAUGCUAUAAAAAAUACCAUUAAAAAUAAUGAUGAUGAUACUGAAAAGAACAUUCUAUCUCUAAUUGAAUCUCAAGCUAAUGAAAUCAAAAUAUUUGGAAAUUGUAUUGAUAACUUGAAAAAUACUGUAGCAUCGUAA